AUGGACUCCCUCUUGGACGAUUCUUUCAACGAAGAAGAAGAAGAAGAAGAAGUCUCCGACUUCGUGCCAGACGAAGCUCCUAAGCCAAAGGCCAAGGCAAAACCAGCUGCGACCAAAGCUAAGAAAUUAACACAAACAACCAUUAAAACAAAUCCUGCCGCAAAGGCCACGAAGAAAAAGGCAAAGGCCGAUUCCGAGAACGAAGCUUCGGAUCGCGAUGAUAUCGACGAUUUCCUAGACUCGGUCAUGUCUACAACACCUCCAAGCAAACCCAAAACAAAGAAAGCCCCUGCCAAAAAAGCCGGCUCCAAGCCGUUAGCAGACGUCGCUAAUGAGUCCUUUGGUGGCGAUGGCGCUGAUGAUGUGGAUGACGAGGCUCCUAAACAAACGGGUGCUGGCGAUAAGUACCAGAAGCUCACGCAAUAUGAACACAUUAUUAGACGUCCAGAUACGUACAUAGGUUCCAUUGAAAAAGCCACACAGCAGAUGUGGGUUUACGAUUCCGCAACCGAGUCGAUGACAUUUCGAGAAGUCACUUUCGUCCCCGGUCUGUACAAGAUAUUCGACGAAAUCGUUGUGAACGCUGCCGAUAACAAACAGAAUGACGAAAAGAUGGACGAAAUUCGAAUCACCAUAGAUCGGGAAUCUGGUGUAAUCAGCGUCUGGAACAACGGACGUGGUAUUCCUAUAGAGAUUCACUCAAAAGAGAAGAUAUAUGUUCCUGAGCUCAUUUUCGGUCACCUCCUGACCUCAUCCAACUACGAUGACGGUCAAAUGAAAGUGACGGGUGGUCGUAACGGUUUCGGUGCCAAGCUCUGUAAUGUCUUCUCUAAGGAAUUUAGCGUUGAGACCGUUGAUUCUCGUCAGGGCAAAAAAUAUGUGCAAACAUGGACGGACAACAUGAGCAAGGUAGGCAAAGCCAAGAUUACGUCAGCCAAAGGCGAUGAUUACACCAAGGUUACCUUCAAGCCCGAUUAUACGAAAUUCGGCAUGGAGGGUAUGGACGAUGACUUCGAGGCUCUUGUAAAGCGUCGAGUCUAUGACUUGGCUGGAACCGCCAAAGUUGCAGUCAAAUUGAACGGUAGUCGAAUCCCGGUCCGUAACUUCAAGAAAUACAUGGAGAUGUACACAAAGGCUAUCAAGAAGGAACGUGGUGAAGAGGCGGCAAAUGACAAGAGCGAGAUAGUCACUGCUAGCCCCGACCCUCGAUGGGAGGUCGGUUUCGCUGUGUCUGAUGGGUCGUUCCAGCAAGUAUCAUUCGUCAACUCCAUUGCAACUACGUCCGGUGGAAGCCAUGUGAACUACAUCGCCGAUCAAAUCUGCAAUCGACUUGCCGAAGCAGUGAAGAAGAAGAACAAGCAAGGUGCUACUCUGAAGGCAUCGCAGAUUCGUAACCACAUCUUCAUUUUUGUGAACGCUCUUAUCGUGAAUCCUGCAUUCACAUCCCAGACGAAGGAACAAUUGACCACUAAACCCAGUCAGUUCGGCAGCAAAUGUGUCUUGGACGACGAUUUCUACAAGAAAGUCUUGAAGACCGAAGUGAUGACAAACAUCCUUCACUUCGCCGAGAAGAAAGCAGACCAGCUACUGAAAAAGACCGACGGAGGUAAACGAUCGCGAAUGAACAAUCCCAAGCUUACCGAUGCCAACAAAGCCGGUACGAAAGAUGGUCAUCACUGUACCCUGAUCUUGACCGAAGGUGACUCCGCCAAAGGUCUUGCUAUGGCUGGUCGUGCCGUCGUUGGUCCUGACUUGUUUGGCGUUUUCCCUCUUCGCGGAAAGCUUCUCAAUGUUCGCGAUGCUUCAAUUGACCAGAUUUCAAAAAACACCGAGAUUCAAAACAUCAAGAGUUUCAUUGGUUUGCAGCACAAGAAAGAAUAUACCGACACACGCGGUCUACGUUACGGUCAUCUCAUGAUCAUGACUGAUCAGGAUCACGAUGGAAGUCACAUCAAGGGUUUGCUGAUCAACUUUCUUCAAGUGCAAUUCCCUAGUUUGCUCAAAAUCCCGGAGUUUUUGAUUGAGUUUAUCACUCCGAUCAUCAAGGUGUGGAAGGGUGACCCUAAGAACCCUACAAAAUCAAAGUCCUUCUUCACCAUGCCCGAAUAUGAACAAUGGAAAGAAGAACACAAGAAUGAUCGUAAUUGGCAACACAAAUACUACAAGGGUUUGGGUACCAGCACUACCGAUGAUGCUCAAAUCUAUUUCCGAGAUUUGGAUCGUCACUUGAAAGAGUUUCACACGAUGCAAGAUCACGAAGCUCAGCUCAUUGAUUUGGCUUUCUCCAAGAAGAAGGCAGACGAGCGAAAGGAAUGGCUUCGCCAGUACAAGCCAGGCACAUUCUUGGAUCACUCCACCAAGCAGAUCACGUACACAGACUUUAUCAACAAAGAGCUGAUCCUCUUCAGUAUGGCCGACAAUCAGCGAUCUAUUCCUUCAGUUGUUGACGGCCUCAAGCCUGGUCAACGCAAGGUCUUGUACACUUGCUUCAAACGAAAUGUCAAAAAGGAUAUGAAAGUCGUGGAGUUGGCAGGUCACGUCUCUGGUAUGACCGCUUAUCAACACGGUGAUAUAUCCUUACAACAGACGAUCGUUGGUUUAGCCCAGACAUUCGUCGGCUCUAACAAUUUGAAUUGCUUGGAGCCAAGUGGUAACUUCGGUAGUCGUCUUCAGGGUGGUUCCGAUUGUGCUAGUGCUCGUUACAUCUACACUCGGUUGUCUCCAUUUGCCCGACGAGUCUUCAACCAGCAGGAUGAACCGCUCCUUACCUACAAUGAGGAUGACGGAGAAAAGAUUGAGCCAGAGCUCUACGUUCCCGUGGUUCCUUUGAUCCUAAUCAACGGUGCUGACGGCAUUGGUACUGGAUGGAGUUCAUCCAUUCCUAAUUACAAUCCCGAAGAUAUUGUUGCCAAUCUCAAGCGUAUGAUGGACGGAGAAGAACCUGAACCCAUGCAUCCCUGGUUCCGCGGUUUCCACGGUGAUGUUACUCCUCAGGGUCCUGAUCGAUACAAGUUCAGUGGUCGAAUCCAGGAAGUGAACGAGAAGGAGGUAGAAAUCACCGAGCUUCCCAUUCGUACCUGGACCCAGGACUUCAAAGACAAAUUGGAGGAUAUUAUCAAAGCAGAAAAGACACCGUCAUUCAUCAAGGAUUACAAAGAUUACAACACCCACACCAAGGUUCAUUUCGUGAUUCAGAUGGAUGAGAAGCAUUUGAAAUCUGCAGUGGAAGAAGGCUUGGAAGAAAAAUUCAAGCUUUCCAAAACCAUUGCGACUACAAACUUGGUGGCCUUUGAUCCCGAGGGUCGUAUUACCAAGUAUGCAACAGUCAGCGACAUCUUGAAAGAGUUUUUUGCUAUUCGCCUCAAAUACUACGAGAAACGCAAACAGCACCAGCUGUCGGAACUGCAGAAAGAUUUGGACAAACUUACCAAUCAAGCACGUUUCGUGCAAAUGAUCAUCGAUGGAAAGCUUGUCGUUUCUAAGAAGAAGAAGUCGAUCCUUAUCACCGAGUUGAAAGAGAAAGGCUUCAAGGCUUUCCCAAAAGUUGCUGAAGCUGUCAAAGCUGGUGAGACUGAACAAGUUGUUGAGGAAGAAGGCUCGGAGGAAGAAGCAACCACUGAAGUGGCUUCUAAUGCUUACGAUUAUUUGCUCGGGAUGGCUAUCUGGUCUCUGACACAAGAGCGUGUCGAGAAGCUCCUCCGCCAGAUUGGAGAGAAAGAGACCGAAAUUGAUGAAUUAAUCAAACUCACCAAGGAAGACAUCUGGCGUCGCGAUCUUGAUGAAUUCAUCAACGAAUGGCGCUUCCAACUUGAAGAAGAGCAUCGCCGUGAACGAAAGGUAGCAGGGAUGGGUCGGCGCCAGUCAUCUAAGCUCAUGACUGCAGCCUCCAAGGGUGCAGGCAGGAAGCGCAAGAAUGACGAUGACGACGACUAUGCUGCUCCAAAGAGCAAGAAGGCCGCGACAAGCAAGAAGGCUGUGGCGCAGGGAAGCCUGAUGAGUUACCUUAAGAGUUCUCCCAAACCUAAAAAGAUCGCUCAAGACGAUGGCGCUGAGGACGAUGAUAUGGAUUUCGAUGACGACUUUGAAGCAGAGAUUAUACCGAAGAAGAGUCGGGGAGCUGCCAAACCUAAAGUCGUCCCGAAGGAGGAGGAAGACGACCAAUUUGAAAUCGAAGCCGAAGCUCUUCCCAAAAAGAGUCGCGCCACCUCAAAGCCUCCAAUAGCCCCGGAUGUAGAGGAAAAAGAGGAUGAGGGCGAUGAUUUGGUUGAGGUUACUGCCGCAUCCAAAGCUGCAUCGAAACCCGCUAUUUCAAAGCCCGCUGCAAAGAAAGCAGCUGCGAAGGAGCCGAAGGAGCCAAAGAGCCGUACCACAAGCAAGAAACCAGUCAGCUACACCGUGUCGAGCGAGUCAGAAAGCGAGUUUGGGGAUGACCUAUUGGAUGACGUGAGCAAGAUGGUGAAAGGCAUUGGUGACUCUAAUGGAAAAGCUCUUAUUUCAGAGUUCACCAAACCUGGCUCUAGUGCAGGCUUGAAGAAGUCCACUCCCAGGCUUUCUAAGAUCAGUAGUGAAUUCGACCCUGACGAGACGGAUUACAGCAAGCUUGUUCCACAGUCGUCGCCUCGUCGCUCACUCCUUGUCAAACAAAAAGAGAAGCCCAUAACGGAUGACGAUGCUGAUGAGUCUCCCAAACCAGCCACAAAAGCACAACCCGCCGCGAAAGCCAAACCAGCGGCAAGCACUGCUGCGACAAAAUCUCGCGGACGACCUAAGAAAGAUGCUGCUGCACCAGCUGCCAAGAAGGCUCAACCCGCUGCCAAGGGAAGAGGCAAGAAGAAGGUGGUAGACGAUCUUUCUGAUGAUGACAUCGAUGCCAUGGCAAAUGACAUCCUUGAUUCCGAUGGGGGAGCUGAAUUAGACGACGAACCUGUCAAACCACGUCCAUCACGCCGAGCUGCUACGACUAAGGCUAAAAAGUAUGUGAUCGAGGACGACGAUAGCGAGAUUGAUGACCCUGCCGGCGAUGAUUCAGAUGCUUUUGAUGAUGAUUCCGAGUGA